AUGUCCUUAACGAGUCCUCUAUUCGAACACUGGCUGACAACGUCCAAAGAAUUCUAGAGGGCCAAGGGUUGAAUAUCCUACUGAACAAUGCUGGAGUCAACCUUGAAAAAUAUGUAGCAUUGGAAAAUGUAACACGAAAUGCGAUGGAGCAGAGUUUCAGUGCAAAUGUUGUUGGUCCAAUGAAUCUCUGUCAGACUUUGCUACCGUUACUGAAAGCAGCCGUUUCCUCGUCCUCCGAACCUGGAAUGAGUGUUUCCAAAGCAGCCGUCAUUAAUAUGUCUUCUAUUCUGUCAUCCAUUGCAUCUGUUCCUCCUGGUUCCAAAGCAUCAUAUCCAUAUCAAAUAUCUAAGUCUGCUGUCAACAUGCUGACAAAGCUUCUGAGUGGUGACCUUCAACCCCUUGGCAUCCUGGUCAUGUGUGUUCAUCCAGGCUGGGUGAAAACUGAUAUGGGUGGUGAACAUGCUACUCUUACAACAGAGCAAAGUGUGCGUAACAUGUUGAGUUUGUUCAGCUCGCUAAAUGAAUCCUCCACGGGUAAACUGCUUGACCACAAAGGGAAAGAACUGCCCUGGUAGAGGAAAAUCGGGAGUAAAUGCCUACUGUGUUGUGGUUGAAGCCAAACAGGAGUAGCGAAGCAAUUUUUAAUGAUGUUUCUGUGUGCCUUAAGCCAGGGCACUAACUGUAUCAUACAACAAAUCCAACUCUGCUUCCUGUAAAGUGCUAGAUGACACGCCAGUGGCAGUCUGGACAGAUCGUCAUUAAAAAUGAUCUGUUGCACGACUUAUUCCUGUUUUUUAUAGAAUGUGGCAGCUGACGACCGUCUGCCGCAGUGAGUGACCGUCUUUGCAGUUAUACUAAAAAUGUUACACAAAUUUCAUGGUGAAGAAAUUUAGUUCUUAUACGCUACUACAUUGCAUUCGUGCGAAUGCACAGGAUAAGCACUUGUACUGUUAAAUAUAUAUUUGUAUUAAGGAAAACAGAAGCAUGUAACAUUAUCAAUUGUAGAUACUUUUAGCUUGGUUUCAAUUCACUCAAGUGAAGAUGAUGAUUCAGUAUUAGAACCUAUUCUGUGUAACAUUUUGUUUCAGGAGAACUGAGUAUUUAGUAGAAGUACUGUAUAAGAAAGGUUGAGAAAUGAUUGGUAGAUGAAAGUAGGGUGUAUAAAAACACCUUGAUAAUAUAGUCUUGUUUAGACUGGGGUCCAGUCACUAAAUUUCGUAUUAAUCAGUGUAAAUUAUUAAAAAUAAAUCCAUUUUGGAACUAAUGGCGUUCCAUAACAUUACUUUUUCCAUACAAAUUCAACAACGUAAACAAAAACAGACACUAGAAAAAGUCAAUAAGAGACUUGUAUAUUUAGUUUUUUAACUAAAGUAUUAUGCCUGCUUUCUUUGAAGUAAAACAUCUUAUCUAGCAUGGCAUAUUUAGUGAUCUGGACUAAUAUGAUUACAGUAUGUAGUACAGUAGAUUACACAAAGACAAUCAUAGGGGUUCCAGGUGUCCUGGAAUACAAGAAAAAUCUGCCAGAAAAUAGCCUAUCGCCCACAAACUGACAGGGUUUUUGCUACUCUAUUAUGAACUGUCUCUCGGAAGUCGGUUCCAAUGGGUAUCAGCGUGCACAGAAAAACAAUAUUAUUCUCCCAAAAAGUGGCUUCUUCCAACUUGAGACCCAUGCAAUCAAGAUUUAAUCUACGGUAGAUAAUGUAUAUAUCAUGCCUAGUUUGGUAGGUUUUUAAAUACGAAAAUUAGAACAUCUACUGUAAAGAGACAAUUUGUGUGGCUCUGAAGGUAUCUGCGCAUAUGGGUUCUACAUUAGUUGUUUUGAGAUGAUUUUCUUAGUUUUUAGGAGCACUAUUUUAAAAUUGAUAAAGUUGGAAUAUUAUUACAGUAGUAGCUGUUUACUAAGAAUUAAGGGUUGUACACUACAUAAUGUUAGUGAAAUUUAUGAAUUUAUUAAAUGCUUUACACUUUUAUUCAUAUGAUAACUGGAUUUUUAAGUACAUAAGAAAUUAUUGUAUGAAUGUAUAAUACAGUAUACAUUCUAUUUUAUAUUUAAUAAUUUUGCUAUAAUAAAUAUAAUAAAAUUAUACUCAUGAUGGAAACCAGUAACAUUGUAGCAAUACACAAAACCAAAUUUCCUUCAGACUUGUAUUUCAAUUCGUUUCCUUUUAUAUCUUUUUUAUAUGCAUUUGACCAAAGAAGGAUGUGGACUUUUGUAGAAUAAAGUACUGUAUUUAUCAAA